CCACCCUCACUUUGUGUCAGCAGGUAGGAGCACAGCAGCAGCAGCAGCAGCGGCUCCUCAGUCCCCGGGGAGGGAGCUCAGUAUCCGGGGAAGCCGCGUCCUCAGUGCAGUGUUCAGCCGGCCGGAGAAGUUGUGCCCAGGACGCCCAGAGGCGGGUGAUGUGAGUGCAGCCAGCGGAGGCCUGUGCUGUGUACAGUGACCGGGAGGAGGGGGCACUGCCCGGCUACACACGGCCUCAUCUACCUGUGCGGAAGGAGGAGGGCACUGCGCCGGGCUCGCUGUCCACCACGCUGCUGCUGCGGGGAUGCUGCGGGGCAUGGACAAGGCUGAGCCGCCCUGGUGCCUGUAGACUCCAAUGAAUGGAAGUGACUGUGCUGUGAGGAGCCGCUGCUACUGAGGAUUACGUGACAGCCCAGGCCAUGGAUGGGGGGCCCCUGCCCUGGGGGUAGCGGCUGGCACUGCUGGCACGCAGGGUUCCCGGGACUGGAUAUGGAUGCCUGCUGCUGGCUGCAGUAUGACUAGAGCCCGGCUGCAGCUGGCAUCCCUCUGGCUGCUGCUUCUGGUGACUCUUCAGGCGAGGCUGGCACUCACUGAGCUGGAACACAAGCAGAAAGCCCUGGUCAAGGUGUACCCACUGAGGAUGGAGAGCCCAAACUUCACCGUGGAGGGGGUAUUCGCCAAAGUGGCAGAUGUGGGCCCUGCCGAGGGAAGGUUGUUUCAGUUUCAUCCACUGUCUCUUUGCAAUGCUAGUGAUGAUGACCCACCAAAACCUGGAUUCAUUUCCAUUGUUAAACUGGAGAGCCCAGAGCGUUCUCCGCAACCAUGCCUAUCCCUGGCGAGCAAGGUUCGGCUUGCAGGUGAAAGGGGUUCUCGAGCUAUAAUCUUCGAUAUUAGUGACGAUGAGGGAGCUGUGUACCAGUUACAACAACCAUCUGAGCUAAAUCCACCUGUGGUACUAGUACGGGGCCAGGAUGCAGAACGGCUGAUGACCCUUGUGCACAAUAACACUGAAGCUAGGGUGAAGAUCGAGGUUCAGGAGCCACUUAAGCUGUUCGUCCAUGACAUCUGGAUCCUGGGAACAGUGGUCGGAACCAUGUUCAUCAUUGUGAUAUACUCCGUGAUUCGCCUACGGUGCAAGCGGACUCCAGCACAGGAUUCUAUGCAGCAAAAAACAGCACUUGCCAUAAGUCGCCUUGGUACAAGGAAGUAUCAGUCUCGAGUAAAUCAUAGGAUUUCACAUGGUUGUCACGUAGAAACUGCCAGUACCAGCAGCUCUAUACCCGUGUGUGCCAUUUGCCUGGAUGAGUUUUCAGAUGGACAGGAUUUACGUAUUUUACCCUGUUUCCAUGAGUAUCACCUAGAUUGUGUGGAUCCUUGGCUGAGGGAGAAUCGCACCUGUCCCCUCUGCAUGUUUGACAUCUUAGCAGGACCAAACUCCACUUCACAUCCUGCACCAAUAAGACCACCCUCACAUCCACAGUUAUGGAGACGAUAUCCAGGAACUGCUCACUUCCAGUACCCACCUCACCCUCAUACAACACCAAUGAUAUAUCCUCCACUGAACAAUAGUAUAUUUUUGUCUCGUUCUCCAUAUACUCUUGGUACUGGACUUCAUUGGGAAGCAACAGUGCCCCAUUUUCACCGUCGUACACCAGAAGGACCCAGGGAGGUUGGCAUUUCUCCUCUCUGCCAGGUCUCCAGUGGGUAUUUACCUGAUGACCCAGGCAGUGAUAGCAGCUCAGGUCCUUUUAAUGGUUCCUCCAGUGAGAAUUGUACAGAUGUCAGUCUACGUUGCCUACAAGGAUCUUCUUCCUCUUCUUCUUGCCACAGCUCACAGAGCAACCCAGGAGACUCACCACCUCCAGCACUUGCCUCUAUUCUUCUACCUCAGAAUGAUCUUCCAGGAUUCAAUGCUGUUGUGCCUACCCAAAGUUCUUAUGCCAGUCAUGUUCACUACCACCAGCACAGACAUCACCACUAUAGACGGCAACAACCUAAUUCAUCUCAUCCCCACAGACCCAAGCGGAAACAUCGACCCUCUAGGGGAGAGGCAAGGACAGAUCUUGGGAGUCACAGGGAACAGAGAUCAGCUAAUGGCCCUAGUGGGGAAUGUAAAUCUCUUUUGACUCGGAAAGAGCCAAGGGCUCAUUCAUCUAAACACCACCUUGAUUCAAGAAUUAGCAGGGAAGCUGCUAGACACAGCCAGUCCUCACCACAAUCUGCAUCGCCAGUGCAUGAGCCAAAUGAACUUGAAGCCCGAAUGCCUUUCAGGGGUCACAAGACUGAACCUUCAAGUAGAAGUCAUCGAAAGAAAAGAUUGUCUGCACAGGUGCAUCCUCCCCCUUAUGGCACCAGACACUUCAACACAAGCCUUGGUGUUCAGUACAGUGAACGAGUCCAUCCACUGUGGACAGAUGGAGCCAGACUACCACAUACAAGAGUCAACACACACCGGGAAAACACAGCAAUGAUGCACUUGUAUCACCCUCCUCAUCACUCUGAUCACAACCAAGGUGCUGGUACUGAAGAGAUUGAAGCUGUAUGUGAACACGCAGUGUAAAACUUCAGGCAUUACAACUAUUUGGCAGGACUCACCAGUACAGGCUCCAGUGAUGGGGACUCAAAGUCCCCAGCAGGCUGCCUCCAUACCCAAGCAUCCAGAUUUUCCCUUAGCCUCUGAGGUCAUUUUACAGCCGUUUCAUCUCCAUAGUCUGUGCAGCUGCUGACUGAGCGGAGAACAUCUGUGCAUAGUUUCCUGUGACCCGACCGUACAGAGCUCUGAACUUUAGAAGAGUACCGGAUGCAGCGCCUUACAGACCACCUCUGCCACUUUAAAGCAUUCAUCCAAAAAUGCCACUCUUCAUUCUUCUCUAAAAGAGAGUGUAUCUGCAAGGAAAACCUAACCAGGAUUGCUCUGUGACUGCAUUUCUGAACCUGAAUAGGAGCACAUCCUUCUCGGAAAUAUCCAAUGCGUCGUAUCCAUGUUUUUUUUUCUCCAGGACUUGAACCAUUCCACUGAGAAUCGAAUGUCAACAUACGGCCAAUGGCCAAAUUGCCAAUGCAAAAUAUACUGUAUUCUAUUGAAUUCACUGGACACAAAUUGUGAAUGAUUUAAAUUUGCACUUAAUGAUUCACUUUUAUAAUUAUAGACUAAAAGCCGGUUUUGACCUUAAACCAUUACUGAAACCUUAUCUGUGAUAUGGCAGCUGUUGUGUUUGUAGUCUGAGAUUCCAGAAAUUGGGUACCUAGUGGGGUAACUUCACCACCAGUAACAUUUCGUAGGUACUGCCAGAGAAUCCCAGAUCUACAUCCUGAGACUUUUUAAGAUACUUUUUAAGUUUAAGCUCUAUCUGUGCCUCAUGUCCCAAAAGAACUUAUUGUAAGCUCUUGUGCCUCUAUGCCUUGUAAAAAAUUGUAUAAAACAUAUAUGGUUUGUAUAUUUGUAAAAAUGUUAUAUUUAUGCAACAGAUGUGGUUCUUUGAUGAACUAAUGAAGAUAAUUUUCCUAUGGAUUUAUGUCUUGCUCGUCAUUUACUUUGCUGCAUAGAAUCCAAAAGAGUAGGUAUG